AUGAAGUCCUUCAUCGGUCACACAUUGGCUUGGCUGCAAGCUCAAGCACAAAUAUCCCUCAGCCCAUCUGGUCGCCAAACUGCUUCGAAGCGAUGCUCGGUAGACGCUAUCGCGAAGCCAGACAUCUUUGGUGCUGAAAUCAUCAAUCUCUCUGCUCAUGAAGUCAAGAGUUACUCGAGUACAGAACCUUUUGCAUCGAAAACAGCUGCUGCAGAUAGUUUGAACUUCUGCAAUGUCACGGUCACCUACACUCAUCCACGACAAAACGACACCAUAAAUGUAACAAUUUGGCUGCCACUCGGAGACUGGAACGGCAGGUUCAUGGCUGUUGGCGGUGGAGGUUGGAUCACCGGCCAUCCAUACCUGAACUCUCAGGUCAAACAGGGCUAUGCCGCGGCCAGCACUGACGGUGGACAUGGAGUAGAACGAUCGGCUGCAUCUUGGGCUCAGACCAGCCCUGGAAACGUAAACUGGAAUCUGUUGCAAGAUUUUGCAUAUCGCGCGCUCGAUGACAUGGCUGUCAUUGGCAAAAGUAUCACAACUUCUUUGUAUGGGACCGCUCCGAAAUACUCCUACUGGAAUGGGUGCUCGACUGGAGGUCGACAAGGUCUUAUGCUUGCACAGCGCUCUCCUAAACUCUUCGAUGGCAUUCUUGCAGCGGCACCUGCGAUCGACUGGCCAACAUUUGUCGUCUCUGCUUUCUGGGCUCAGCAACGCAUGCAUCAGCUAGAUGCGUACCCCCANACUUGCGAACUCAUGGCCUUUAGAGCUGCUGCUAUAGAGGCAUGUGAUGAUCUCGAUGGACUAACUGACGGCAUUAUCGGAGCGCCUGGUCUGUGUAAAUUUGAUCCGCAUACUGUUGUGGGCAAGAAAUUCAAGUGCGAUGGCGUCGAAAAACAACUCACGUCUGCAGGUGCUACAAUAGCUCAAGCAGCUUGGACUGGACCUAUAGAUAGUGAUGGCAAAGCUCCUUGGUUCGGUGUCAACCACGAUGCAGUCCUUCGCUCAGCAGACGAUGCUAUCGUAGUCGGCAACGGCAGCGCAAGAGGCAAGACCAUCCCAGAAGAAUGGAUCAGUUUCUUCGUCGUCAAGAAUCCAGCAUAUGACACGAGCAAAAUGUCAGAUGCGGAAUACUUAUCAGUGCUCAAAGCAUCUCAGAGAGAGUACGACUCUAUUAUCGGCACGAACUGGCCAGAUCUAUCUGAGUUUGGUGACGCUGGCGGUAAGAUGAUCACCUGGCAUGGCCUUGCGGACGAUCGUAUCCCACCCAAUGGAACCUCACACUAUUACGACCAAGUGCUUACAAAAACCUUGAACGUCCCAGACUUCUACAGAUAUUUCGAAGCUCCAGGUGUUGGUCACUGCGCAGGCGGAGCUGGUCCUGUCCCGGAUGCUCAUAGGGAUUUGGUUAGAUGGGUCGAGGAAGGCAUCGCUCCUAACACUCUAAGAGCAUUCAGUCAGCAUGGAGAUGGAACCAUUAGGGAGCUGUGCCAAUAUCCGCUAGUGCAGCGGUUUGUCGGAGGUGACCCAAAGGUCGCUUCCUCUUUUGUAUGCGCAGCUGGAUUUGCUUGA